AAACUUAACGAGAUAAUUAUAGCUGGCAGGGCUUGGUAAUUAAUGUCUAGUACAGCCUACUGUAACAUACUGCUGCUUUACAUGAGUUUUGUGCAAAGUGGGAGUGCUGAGGUGUGCUCGUUUGCUGCUGUCUGACAGGGAGAGGGUGACAAAUCCUACAGGAAGAAGGAAAUGUGCCUACCAUCUUUUGGGAUUUUAAUUAAAUUAACUGCAGUGGCAGAAAUGGCAAGGUGCCAAGGCUUCUCCUGUGACUGAACAAGCACUUUGCAGAGAGGGAACCUGGGCUCAGGAGGCUCAUACAGGUGUCUGUGUUCAAGAACAGCAUCUUGUCUUGGUUUGACAGUUCUGGCUAACAAGCCUCAAUCUGUGUUGAUGAUUUACUUAAUGAAGAAGAGACCUUCAUCUGUGUCUGUGACUAUAUGGGUGCAAGGAUUUGGUGUUUCCACAUUAGUGGCAGUAACAUCACAUGGUCCCUGGCAGGUUUCACUAAAGCCAUCCAGCAGCAUAUGUAGCAAAUGCUAAUGGAAGCCACAUGGCACAAGCUUUGCUCUUUCUAUGGAAUGUUUCAGAGAAGAUUUAGCAGAAGUAGAGACCUGCUCUGGGGCUUGGAAUGUCACGCUGUGCAAUGUCUCCCAAUGGAGCUACUACUGCCUGCUGAAACCUGGAGUCUGCUCCUGCACCUGAGAUCCUGGCUCCACCUUGUUGGCAGAGACAUCCCAGUUUCCAGGGGAUGGAGUUCAGAGUGGUUCAGAUCAGCUGCCUCUGCCCACACCCUUCUGAUGCCCUGCAAGUGCUGCAGGGGCACGGAGAGGAGGCACCUGGGCACAUGGGUCUGUGUCCCGGGGGAGGUUGUGAUUGUACAAAGCAAAUGCCAAGCACAAGCUGGCAUCUUCUCUUACUCAACAGGUCAUCCAGAGGAGGAAACUAAGUUCCUCUUUUUAGGAAGGAAAAGAGGAACUUAAUUGUUCUAAUAUUAGGAAUACCUGACUACCUUUAUCUCCAUGCAAAAUAGAUGACUUCUAUCACCUGGGACUUCUCUGUGUAGGAUUUUGAGCAGAGCAAGCUAAUAACGACUGAGUCUCAUUGGGGUUUAAAAUUGAAUUCUUGCUUCACAGUGUAUAUAGGAAGUGAGAUAGUGUAGCAUGUAGGAGGUCAUUUAUCUUCUAGACUUACUACAUUUUGUAGGAUUAUAAUUUUUUUAAAGCUUUCUGUUUCAUCCUGAGAUUUGAUAGAGGCAAGCAGGUAACUGAAGGGACACACAAAGCAUUUUAAUGGGACUUUUUCCUGAAUUCAUCUGAAGCCAAGCCCCCUCUGACCACAGCCCCACCCUCUCAUCUGCAUUUCAUAAGGGUAUUACCGCUGUAAUUAAUAGGACUUGUAUAACAGUACCUAAUUAAACUCUGAUCAUAUAGUGUAAAUUUAACUUGAUUAUCAUUAGCCUCAGUGAACUCUGCAGGAGAUUAAUCCUGGUGAUUCACUCAGCACAGAGAGCAACAGCAGCAGCUCUGCGGAGGACCAAAAUAUUGGUGAACAGCAAUGCUCUGUGCCCCCAAACCCUGCAAGGAUUAAUUUUUCUCCAUCUCUAUUUACAUGGUGAUAAGAAGCGCUAAUCCCACUCUGUCAGUCUGGACUGAUGAAUCUGAGGAAUAGAACAGAGCCCUGUGUUGUGUAAACGAACUGAUGGAUGAAGAUGAGAAGGACAGGGCAAAGAGGGCAUCACGCAACAAAUCUGAGAAGAAGAGGAGGGACCAGUUCAAUGUCCUCAUUAAGGAGCUUUGCACGAUGCUGCAGGGCCACGGCCACCCUCUCAAGAUGGACAAGUCCACAAUACUGCAGAGGACCAUUGACUUCCUACAGAAGCAGAAAGAAAUCACAGCACAGACAGAAGCCUGUCAGAUUAGACAAGACUGGAAGCCUUCAUUUCUUAGCAACGAGGAGUUCACCCAGUUGAUGUUAGAGGCACUAGAUGGCUUUCUCAUUGCUCUUACCACUGAUGGGAUUAUAAUUUAUGUAUCUGACAGUGUUUCAUCUCUGCUGGGACACUUACCGUCAGAUUUGGUGGACCAAAAUAUAUUGAACUUUCUGCCUGAGGGGGAGCAGAGCGAGGUGUACAAGCUCCUUUCUCCACACGUGCUCAUGACAGAUCCUGUUGCAGCUGAUUUUCUAAAUGCAGAAAAACAAAUAGAGUUUUGUUGCCAUUUAGCAAGAGGCAGCUUAGAUCCAAAUGAACCCCUGAUGUAUGAAUAUGUGAAAUUUGUAGUGGAUUUUAAAUAUUUUACUCAUGUGCCUACACCCUCCUGUAAUGGCUUUGAGUCAGCUAUUGCACGGGCUUUCAGGGCGGCCACGGAGGAGCAGAUCUGCCUGGUGGCGACUGUUCGGCUGGUCACACCACAGUUCCUAAAGGAGCUUUGCAACGUUGAAGAGCCAUGUGAAGAAUUUACAUCAAGGCAUAGUUUAGAAUGGAAGUUUUUAUUCUUGGACCACAGGGCUCCACCUAUUAUAGGGUAUUUACCCUUUGAGGUUCUGGGAACAUCAGGGUAUGAUUACUACCACGCAGAUGACCUGGAGCUUCUUGCUAGGUGCCAUGAACACUUGAUGCAGUUUGGAAAAGGCAAAUCCUGUUACUAUCGGUUCCUGACCAAAGGGCAGCAGUGGAUAUGGCUGCAGACACACUACUACAUCACCUACCACCAGUGGAACUCCAAGCCUGAGUUCAUCGUUUGCACUCACCUGGUAGUUAGUUAUGCAGAAGUUCGGGCUGAGAGAAGGCGAGAUCUUGGCCUCGAAGAGUCAUCAAUUGAACUGGCAUCCUCUUCUCUAAAGAGCCACAGCAGCUACCUGGAGGUGGGGCCGUGCGGCGGCCGGGACGCCAGCCGGGAGGGAGUGUCGCUGUCCUCGCACAGCUCCCGGCGCUCCUCGCACACCACGCUGUCCGACUCCACCUCCACGUCGUCCCUGCGGCGCACAGACACCAGCACUCCCACCCGGCCGGCGGUGCCGGCGGCGCCGGGGGACAAGGCCGCCCUGCGGCUGGCAGCGGCCGGCAGCGCGCAGCCCUUGUACCAUUUCCCCACCCAGCUGGGGAUGAUGCACCAGCUGAAAGAGCAGCUGGAGGAGAGGACUCGCAUCCUGCAAGCUGACAUCAAAACACAGCAAGAGGAGCUCCAUGUCAUCAAGGAGCAGCUCCAGCUCGUGCAGGACUCCAACCUGCAGAUGCUGAUGCAGCAGCCGAUCCCCGUCAUCUUUAACUCCGUGCAGCAGCCCAGCCCCCGGAGGCCGCCGCCGCAGGGGACGCCCAGGCAGAGCACGGCCAAGAAGUCACAGCAGCCAGCCCUGACGGGGACAAAGCACUGCUGCAGCACCCACCUGCUGUCACCGCACCCAUUCCUCAGGGACCCCUGUGGCACAGCCCCCCAGGUACAGCAGCAGAAGCAGCAGCACCCAGUGAGAGGAAGCCAAGGCCAGCAAACGUGUGUGCCAGGGCAGGCCAGCAUCUCCGUGCCCUUCUACAACAACCCCAUGGUGUUCCCCCAAGCACACCCCGUCGCUGUGGCUGCACAGGGGCCGACUGACAGCAGUGAGAGGCAGCCUCCAGCUGACUACAGCCAGGACAGGAGCCUCAGGAUGCUGUUGGAUCAGUCCAUCCAAGCCAUGAUGCCCGCAGCCAACAGCAGUUGCCAGCCCGUGCAGAGCAGUGCCAGCAGGCAGCAAGGAAAGUUUGUUGCAGAGCAGCAGUCCCUGCCUCCCCCAGCACAGGGGCAGCCGGUCACCUGCAGCGCCGCCCGCCCUCCAGCCCCGCCGCCCAUCUUCUCCCCGUCGCUGAUGAUCCCUCACUCCAGCUUUGCUCCCCACCAGGCCAGCACUCAGCUUCACCUGCACCAGUGGCCACAGCAGCAGGUUCAGCAGCACCGCCUCUACCUUCAGAUGCCAGGUCCUGAGCUGGUGCCGGGGGCUCCAACGCAGCGCAUUUUCCAGCCGCCCCACACCCCGCAGCAGAACCCCUUGAGCUACUUCCUGCACCCGCAGCAGCAGAGCCACCACACGCAGGGCCAGCCCUGCAACCUGCCUGACCUGCCCGAGAUGCAGCUGCCCUGAAGCUGCUGCUGGCAGACAAGGACGGCGCGGCUGCAGCCGCUGUGCCCGGGCGCGCGCGGGAGAGCACGGCGCACCGGACACGGCGCACCGGACACGGCGCUCCGGACACGGCGCUCCGGACACAGUGCACCGGACACGGCGCACCGGACAC